AUGGAGUCUAAGGAUCAAAACAAGGAGGUCGCUUUGUCACAGCAGCAGCGCGACCGGCUGCAUCUCAUCCAGUAUCUCAGGUUUGCUCGGAAGCAGCGCGAGGCCGGCCUUGCCGUUCCUGACUAUAACAUUCAGAAGGAGUCUACUCUUCACAUGGAGCUCAGGCUGGGGAGGGGCAUGACGAUCCUUGUCAAGACUAUGGCACACACUACCAUGAUGCUGGAGGUUGAGCUAUCUGACACAGUUUUUGAUGUGAAGAAAAAGAUCCAGGACACGGAUGGAAUACCAAUCAGGGAGCAGCGCCUCAUCUACACCGGCAGGCAGCUCAUAGACAACAGAACCCUAGCCGACUACGACAUCCAGAAGGGAUCCCAAAUGCACCUGAGGUCUAUGUGCCAGUAG